AUGGAUACUAACAGCAGAGAAACACUACAGGCAGACUCCAAUGUAUUUGAUAUUUCUGAGGAACUUGGAUUUCUCCUUAAAGAUCCACUGACGAACCUUCCAGACUAUUAUCGAGUGUGGCUGGAUCUGGCAAAUAAUGUCACACAUCUGCUAGAGUCCUGUACACUACGAGACAUGGUUCACAAGAUGCCUGUCUUGAGUCCUGAUCUCUUGAGUAACCAUCGGGAGCUAAGGCUGGCUCACCUAGCGCUGGGAUUCAUCAGCAUGGGAUAUGUGUGGCAGGAAGGACAACAUGCACCUGCUCAGAUUCUCCCAAAAGCUCUGGCCUGGCCCUAUUGGCUGAUAUCUCACAGGCUGGGCCUUCCACCCAUCCUAACUUAUGCAGAUUCUGUUUUAGCUAACUGGAAGUUGAAGGAUCCCACAGGGGAUAUGGAAAUUGGGAACAUGGACUUGAUAUUUUCCUUCCCUGGUGGUGAGACUUGCAGAGGAUUUUUCAUUGUGUCAUUGCUGGUCGAAAGGGCUGCUAGUUCCGGCAUUAUGGGGGCACUGGAGGUGAUGCAUGCUAUGAAAAUCUCUGACUUCAUUGGCAUUCAGAAGGGCCUGGGUAAAGUAACUCAGUCUCUGAAGAAAAUGAGGGAAACUUUAAAACUCAUGCACAAUCAUGUGGACCCAACUGAAUUUCAUGGAACACUGAGAAUUUUUUUCUCAGGGUGGCGAGACAACCCCAUGCUUCCAAAGGGGCUGUUGUAUGAAGGUGUGAGCACUGAGCCAAUUUUGUUAUCAGGUGGAAGUGCAGCUCAGAGUUCAGCCAUUCAGUGUUUUGAUGCUUUGCUGUGCAUCCAGCAUGAUGAUGAGACAGGAGCUUUCCUGACACGCAUGAGAGAUUACAUGCUUCCUGCCCAUCGUCAGCUGAUAGAAACUCUGUUCGUCUGUCCAUCUCUGAGAGACUUCAUCCUGUCCUGUUCUUGCUCUGAUCUCUGCCAGGCUUACAACUCCUGUGUCUCAGCGCUGGUGGAUUUACGUAACUACCACCUCAAUAUUGUGGCCAAGUACAUCAUUGUGCCCGGUAACCAUACCCGUGCCGUGGGUUGCCCAUUCAGAGGCGUGGGCAACACCCUUAACACCACAGGCACUGGUGGAUCCAGGCUCAUGGUCUUCCUCAAGAGUGUUCGCAAUACCACAAAUAAAGCACUGAUCUCAGAAAGUGUCAAGAGAAACUGA